UGGAGGCCACUGCACUGAACUGUGUGGAUAUGAAGUCCUAUUUGCUGCCAUGCCUGAACUAUGUAAGGUCCGGUGGGGAUGUGCCAUCCGACUGCUGUGGGGGGCUCACCGGACUUGUAAAUGCAGCGAGGACGACAGAUGACCGCCGUGCUGCUUGCAACUGCGAAAAAUCAAUGGCUGAAAAUUUGUCCAAUGAUGAGCUUAACCGUAUUGAGACUCUCCCAGACAAAUGUGGCGUCACCCUCCCUUACAAUUUCAGCCCCUCCAUUGACUGUUCCCAGGUCAACUAAGAGCAUGAACAACGUGGUAUGUUUAUGAAGAAUACAAUUAAAUUGAUCCCAACCAUUAUUGAUCUAUCUGCUCCUAGCUAGUUUUUUAGAGUUUUGGUCCUUCAGUUCUUGUCCGUUGUUAC